CGCCAUGCUUGCCAAGGCUCUUCUCCGGCCGCCGUGCUCUGUCGCCGGCGCCGCCGGAGCCGACGGUGGUGACGUUACUCGCCGCCGUGCACCUCAUGGCGCCGCUGCUAGCAGCCUCGCCGGUGGUGCGAUCAGGCCGAGGGAGGCUGGAGCCGCCGGCGUAAAGCUCGCCGUCGCGGCGAGGCCGAUGAGCGUCGUGGCGAUGGCAUCCUGGGACAGGAGGGCCGGCCGGUCGGCGGCGCCGGCGGCCGACGGGAAGGAGGAUGUGUUCGACGGGCCGGCCGUGCCAGGAAUAAACAAGCUCGUGACAUCAACUGUUGGUAAAUCGACAAACAUCCUGUGGCAUGACUGCCCAAUAGGCCAGACUGAGAGGCAAAAGUUACUGAACCAGAAGGGUUGUGUUGUGUGGAUCACUGGUCUGAGUGGUUCAGGAAAGAGCACCCUUGCAUGUACACUGAGCCGCGAGCUGCACUCAAGAGGGCAUCUCACCUAUGUUCUUGAUGGUGACAAUCUCAGGCACGGCCUGAACAAAGAUCUCAGCUUCAAAGCUGAGGACCGUGCUGAAAAUAUACGCCGAGUUGGAGAAGUGGCGAAGCUGUUUGCAGAUGCUGGGUUGAUCUGCAUUACUAGUUUGAUAUCACCCUACCGAAGUGAUCGAAGAGCCUGUCGCAAAUUACUACCGGAUUCUUCAUUCGUGGAGGUGUUCCUCAAUGUGCCACUUGAAGUAUGUGAAGAAAGGGAUCCAAAAGGCCUGUACAAGCUUGCUCGUGCUGGCAAAAUCAAAGGCUUCACAGGAAUAGAUGAUCCUUAUGAAACACCUUCAGAUUGCGAGAUUGUGAUACAAUGCAACGUUGGGUGCUGCCCUUCACCUAAAUCAAUGGCUGACCAAGUAGUGUCAUAUCUUGAAGCCAAUGGAUUCUUACAGAACUAGAGAGUUGGAUAUAUGUCUAUGCCUGAUAAAAUUUUAUUUAUGUAAUGCCACAUGCUGUAGGAAUGUCAGGCCCUUGGAAGAGUAGCAGUUGCUUCCUGUUCUUGUGAAUUACUUUGAAAUGAACAUUUCUAUCAGAAAAUAUGUAUUUUGAAUAAAAAAACAAAUGCAAUUCUGAAUUGAAAUGUUUGUACCCAUGAAGAGGAAUGUUGAACAUGCACAAGAGGAAUCAAACCAGUUUGUA